CUAUAAUAUUAUCAUGAAUCGUAUUUCUACUAUCAAGAACAGAAUGCAAGAUGAUUUAAAGCAACGUUUGACAAAAUUUGUUGAUAUGGAAGAAAUCWWUAAUGAAAUAGAGGAAAGAGAGAAAAGAUCGUCAAAUAUUAUACUCUUUAAUCUGGAGGAAAAUUAUUCAUGUUCAUCGCUUAUCCGGAAUUUCUAUGAGGAGUUCUUAAUUAAGAAUAUUCUUCAUGARAUUGAUCCAACUGUUCAUAUAAUUUCAAGCCCUACUAGAAUAGGUAGAGAGUGUUCUGGCAAAAUUCGACCUGUACGUGUCAUUCUUGCUUCAAAAAAUGAAGUUAUGUCUAUUUUAAAAAAUAAAUGUAAAUAUCUUGGUCCUGUACAAUUUAGACAGGACCGUACCAAAGCACAACGAGAUCAUUUGAAAUUAUUGCAGAUUGAACUUGAAUUGUUAAAGGAAAAUGGUGUAUUUAAUAAGACUAUUAAAUUUAUAAAUGUUCUGUUAAUGGCUUAA